AUGCUGUUCACGGACCAUGUGUCAGGGUUUUCCAAACUAUCUUGAUCUAUGAUUAUGUUGGAAUGUAUAUAACCGGUAAUAAAUAACUUAGGUAGAUUAGUUUUAUGCUUACGUUGGUAUGUAACCGGUAAUAAACCACUUAAGUCUGUCCCAUCCUAAACAAUGUCGUAAAACAUCCCCUGCUCUGUUUUCCUAGAUGUCAAGAGCUUUAACUUGUUUAUUCAGUCUACUGUCACCCCCACCCUUUUUCUCUUAAUAAAGAUGGUCUUGUGGGAAGCGAGAGUUAGACUUCAUUCGACCAUCGCUGUGACAACAGCGACGAGUGAACUCUCCACCUGCAGGUGCCCAAAACGACUAACUUGUCUCCGAGUGGUUCUUGCAAAAUAAGUUAGAGUGAGCACCACCCUAACAUUUUGGUGCCGAAACCCGGGAUCCCUCAUACCCGCCAUCUGGCUGACGGAGGACGACACGCUGUACACCGUCGACGGGCCAGCGUCCAUUUAGCCGGACCUGGUAAAGAAAGACCUAGGAAGGAAAUUCUUCGCUGGGCCAGCAUCUUAGGUCUGCCUUCGUCUGACAGAUGUGGAUUGACGGGAUCCGGCUGAACAGCAAACCAAGGAGACAAGUCGACAAACCCAUCGAUCCAGGAGACUGGGUCUACAUCAAGGUCGUAAAAAGAAAGAACUGGCUCAGCCCACGGUGGGAGGGACCAUUCCAAGUCUUGCUGACUACCCCCACCGCAGUGAAGAUUGCUGAACGGCCCAGCUGGAUUCACCUCAGCCACUGCAAGUUGCAGAGAGUGCUGGACCCCUAAUUCGGAGUGGUGGGGAAGACUAACUUCAAAGGAGUCCUAUCGUUUAGGGUGGGACGUGUCAAUGUUGGUGAAGAAAACAACGAUCCCCACUCCGCUAGGCGAGGGGAUGUCCCGGUGUCUCUGCCAUCCUAGUAGCAACGGGGCUCCAUAUGCCAGAUGGAUCCUCUGCUGCGUUGUGGUUGGAGCGUGCUAUGGUCUAUGGACUCAUUUGAACAGACCAAGUGACAAUGUUGACCGUGGAAAACGAUGGUCACACGAUGAGAACUUUGAGGACUGGUCAUGGGACCCCAAAAACCCAUACGAAACCAACACGUGGUACCGGUACGUUAAGUUCACUGUGAGAGCCCACACACAGGAGGGAUGUUAUGUGUGUUCAAAACUCCCCCCUUCCUCCACGCAAGUUCACUUGGAGGCCAGAGCAAUGAAUGUCACUGAAGCGAAAUGCAUGGCAUCCAUGGGAGGAGUUGGAUAUCAACACCCUGCCGUCAAAGUGAGUGAUGACGACCCUUUCCGCCCUGGACUUGUGGAAGGCACCUGUGAUAAGCUUUUCUGGACAAAUCUCAAUGUGACUGUUAAAGGACGAACAUUACCGCAGGUGGCCUACACAGAGCGGCGGCCUGGAGUGAACUAUACGUGUUACAUCCAAGGAAGUGAGACCCACAAAUGCAUUGACAGUGACUGCUCUCCAGGAGGAAACUGGAUGGGAGCUUUGGACAUCGUCACUGAGUGUCAAGAUAGGAGAGCCAUUUCAGUUGGGGAGGGCUCUCCGACUAACAUGUCUGCACCAUCGAACGGAACAUACUUCAUACAGAAUGGCUGGUGGCUUUGUGGUCACAAGGUUUAUCCAAUGCUGCCCGCCAACUGGACAGGAGUGUGUGCACCAGUGUGGGUGACAGACCACACCUACAGGAUACGACAUAGACAGCUGACGACAGCACGCAACUCUUCUGGACGUCAACGCAGAGCGGUUGCAACCUUUGACCCUCAUGACCCUAUCUGGGGUGCGAAUGUUCCAGGCGACCAUAAAGUAUGGUCCGUUGGAGACAAAGUUGUUCAUGCGCUUUUUCCCUGGGUCGGAAUUGGAAAACAAUCACUCUUCAUCGAGACACUGAACUAUCGUUUUCAAUCCUUUGCGAAUCUCUCACUACAAGUCAACGAUGGACAAAAUAGAGAGAUUCAGGCUAUUAGGCUGAUGGUCUUGCAAAACAGGAUGGUUCUGGACUUGUUGACGGCAGCACAAGGUGGUGUGUGCCACAUCAUUGGGACUUCCUGUUGCACAUACAUUCCUGGAGAAAAUGAUACACACAUCUACGACGCCAUGGCUUCGCUGAAGAACUUACAGCAGGCCAUGUCAAAUGACAAAGUUCCACAACAGUGGGGUUUCUUUUCAUGGCUAUUCUCUGGCAACUGGUGGCAACUGCUUUUGAAACUAGUGUCUCCUGUGCUUGUUGUGCUGGUGUUGUUGUGCUUGUUUACGACCUGUGUUAUCCCAUGUUUGAAGUCUGCUGUGACGAGGGUCGUCUCUUCUACCGUAGCACACGUAAAUAUACAACUUCUUAGUCGUGACGGAUGUGAUGACCAUGAUGAAACGCGGAUUGCGUAGGUGCUAUUAUACUGGACGUGUUUUACAGAAACUUGAUGAUUUGACCAUCGAAAAUGCUUCGCAAGUGAUGGAUACAAUGAUGUACUGUUUCUGUGUUUUUCUUUUUAUUUUUUUUGUUGAUAGCAUUCUGGUCGCUUAAGGCAGAGGGACCGUGUGUGACUUUUCCUGCAUAUUAACAUCGGCCAGCAGGUUUUUAGACCACACAAUAAGUUUAAUCUGGAGUAUUGAGGAAAGUCCUCAUCUUCACUGGAAGUUGUUGCUAUCGGUGUUUGUUGUUUUUGUCGUGUUUCACCCUACACGCUCCCCAAC